AUGUCAGCAUCCAACAACAGAAACAAUUUGGUGAGUGAGGAGGAGGAGGAGCUUACUAUUAUCGAGGAGGAAGUACCACAACGCUCAUCAUCAUUACCACCACAAACUCUUAUUGUUGUACCAAAUAAUCAUUUGCAAGCAACACAAAAUGUCUUGACUCAAAUUGAACCCAUAACAGAUGAGAUAGUAUUGACAAGAACUAACAACUCAAUUUCCACAAUUAAUAGUUUAUCUGAUGGUGUAAUACCAAGUUCAUCAACAGGUGGUCAACCUGUUACAUCUAUAGUUAUUGGUACCAAUGGACCUAUGCAAACAUUAAAUAUUGGAAAUACCUUGAUUUCACAUGGUGGUAGUAAUAACAUUGGUCCAAAUAUGUCUCUUGCUCAAAAGUUGAUAUCUUACACUCGACUAAUGUCAACCAUGACACGCAAAAAUAUUGUGCACGAUGACUAUGGAAUAAUUAUUGAAAAGUUUGAUAGAUUUGUAAAGGAUACUCUUCCACCUAAAGAAUUUAAAGAUGCGUAUGAACAAAUCAAAAUCCUACGUUCUUCUAAACUUUCAAAGAGUAGAAACAAUACAAAAGAAAUUGACCACGAAACAUUAGAAUCACUCAAAGACUUAUUUUUGGAUAGUGAAUUCUACAGCUACCAAAAAACCACCAAUGAAGCAGUUAGAAGUAUGAUAAGCUGCUUUUCAGUCCUGUUUUUGAUGACAACAUGUGUCUCAUAUGCUAUUUUCUUUACCAUGUUGAAUCGUUUAUUGACUGAUUCUAAUUUGAUGAUCAUUAAUAAUGGCUAUGUUGCAAAUCCUCCUAGUGAUAGUUGCCAAAGAUUUGAACAGUAUAAUAGCAGUGUUUUGGUUGGUUUGACAGAAUUUGUUAGAAAUUAUAUUGUUGCUAUUGCUGUUCCUCUUGCAAUUACUUGGUUUGGUGAUUUUAAUUCCCAAGUUAGAGAUCAAGCAUAUGACUAUUUUAUGGACAUGUUCAGUUUCUCUCUCUUAAUUCUUUCAUUUGGAAUUUCAUGUAUUGUUGCUGUAGCUUCUGUGGUCAUUCAAUUUUCUUGGCACAUUGCAGUCUACACUGAUUGUUCCUCCAAUGCACAAGACAAACUUAAUGUUGUGUUAACAGUCUUUGUUUUGGCGUUGGCUCAGGUUUUUAUUUGGGUAUUGUCUUAUAUUUGUUACUAUAGCAUGACGUUCCACAAACGAUAUGGUAAGCUCAUUCGUGAUGCAAUCUCAACAAUAAUUGACAAGGUCUUUUGGGAUGAGGAUGAAUCCAAAGAUAGAAACGUUUCAGAAUUUGUGAGAACGUUUAACCAAAUUCACAAAAUUGAUAGAAACCCUCUUUAUUUGCAAAACGAUCCAUAUUACCUUCAACAAACGCACAAUGUGGUGAGAAAACGUCCAAAUGCUUCAAACCCCAGAACAAUACGAACAAAUGUUUUGAAUCAAUAA